GAGCUUGCCUCCCCCAGGCUUGCAAUCUGCUCGAGUGAUUGCUUGUGACCUCAUGCAGAUGUGAAGUCGGACGGGGCCGUCCAUGGGCCAAAACGCAUUUUGAUUUUCUCGAGAGGUUAGGGAAGUGACGGCGCAGAGUGAUGGACGUCCACCUUUUGCUGUCAUGGUUACUGUUACUCUUGUGAGUUGCUGCGCCAGUUUCUCCAGAAAAUCAGGCGCGUUGGGUGCGUCAUCAACCAGUGACGAGUGAAGAAGGGAGGCCAGAGGCCCACGAAGGAAGUGACGUAGAAACAAGCGCCACCGAGAACGCUAGUGGGGAGAAAGUUGCGGUCAUGGCCCGUCGGCGCCUCCUGUUGGUUGGGGAGGGGAAUUUCUCCUUCGCCGCCGCUCUGAGUGAGACCCUGGAGCCCAGUACUACAAGCCUUAUCGCCACCUGCCUCCAGCGCCCGGCCGACCUGGGCCGGGAUCCGGUGGUCGGGAAGAAUCUGCGGCGCCUGCGCGAGCGAGGUGCAGAGGUGCGUUUUGGUGUAGACUGCACCCAGCUGGCAGAUGCCUUUGAACUGCACGACAGGGAGUUUGAUCGAAUUUAUUUCAACUUCCCGCACUGUGGACGCAAAGCUGGAGUGGCUAAGAACAGGGAGCUCCUUGCUAAGUUUUUCCAAAGUUGUGCAGAUGUUCUUGCAGAGGCAGGAGAAGUGCAUGUGGCACUGUGUAGAGGACAAGGUGGGACUCCUGCUGACAAGCCCAGGAGAGAAUGGCACAACAGUUGGCAAGUGGUUGCCAUGGCAGCUCUGGGAGGGCUCAUUUUAAGUGAUGUGCACCCCUUCAGCUGUGAGACUGUGCCAGGGUACAGGUGCACUGGAUAUAGGAGUCAAGAUAAAACUUUUCAUCUCGAAGGGGCUUUGAACCAUAUCUUCACUCGGAGCUUACCCUUUGAAUGUUUUCAACCCAGAAUUUUCAGAAUCAGACUGGGCGAUCAGUGGUUUUCCUUUCCAGAACCAGAAGCACUUAAAGGAAAGUUGAACAGGCGUUUCCUUGAAGCACCUUCAUGCCAUCCUAUCAAAACCAUAAAUGAGAAACUCAUUGCUGAAUUGGGCAAAGCUUUCCCUCUCAAAAGGCUGAAGUGUUCCUUCCCUUUGCUGUCACAAGGAAGCACCAGUGUUCUCACUUCCUGGAACCGUGACAUUCUAUCAGCUGCCUUUUGGAUUGGUCUCCUUGAGGACAACUCAAAUUCUGAGUCCCUGACUGAUGGGACAACACAAGAUAUGGAUGAAUUUCUAAUGUCAUUUUCAGAACUUAGCCUUCCCCAUAGUCCUAAAAGAGAUGAUAAGGAAUAUGCUUAUGAAGAAGGAAUCUAUGGCCAGGCCAAGGUCUGCCUUAGACCUUCUCUCUUAGUUCAUGUUCAGGCUCUCAUCCAAGCACCAGACUUUCUCCCAGGUUCUCUGUAUAUCCUCAGUGGACCUGUCUUUAGGAGGUGCCUCAUUUUGCCAUUCACGAUGCCAGCAUUUCAUGAGACUUUAUUAAUCCUUGCAUUCAGUCGAAAUCUGAAGGAUGGUUGUCUUCAGUCAGUACUGGAUCACCUGAAGCGUAUUCUGGAUAGCCUGCUGACCCAGACAUUGCUGGAAGGCUCUGAGUUGAGCAGUGCAGUGGAAUUUGUGCUCCAACCAAAUGGAAAAGAUUAUGUGAUUAGUGUGAAGUGUCAUAAUUUUGACCCAGAUGGUGCCAAGGAUCUGAUUAUUGGGUUUGUCACCAUAUCUACUAUAAGCAUUAUACAAAAAGACCAGUGUUUUGUGUUUGUGUCUAUAAACUUGGACCUAUUAGCCAUGCUUGUCUGGGGUAUCUCUGACUGGAGAAUGUUGUGGACCUUUGAUAACCGUUUCCUGAGGAAUUUUGUCCCUGGGAAAAUAGAACCCUUCAAAAGCUAUUCUCUGUAUCCUCCAAGCUAUGCACACGAUGUUAGUUUUUGGUUAGAUGAGAAAAAAGGAUUUGAUGAACUAGAAUUUCACACUGUAGCCCGAGAAGUGUCCCAAGACACUGUCAUAUCCAUAGAGUUCCUUAGUCGUUUUCAGCAUGCAAAGACUGAACAGGUCAGCCUUUGCUAUAGAUUGAUCUACCAGACCUGUGACAAGGCCCUCACACGGGAACAAGUAGCAUCAAUGCAGUUCCAGUUUAGGAAAGAAAUUCAACGACGACUACAUGUGAUACCUCGGUAGUUUAGUAUAUUCAUUUCUACAGUGUGAUCCUUCAUGGGUGUGGUUGUGGAUGAAAAAGGCCAAAUUGCAACCAAUAGACCUUUUUUGUUUUUUGGUUGUCUUUUACUGUAACUAAUUUACUACAGAAAUUGUUGAUUGACCCUAGAGGUACCUGUGAUUCUAUCACUUAAACUUACAGACUGUAAUGUCAUUGGUCUGAAAUAAUGGCUACAAAAACAAACAAAUAAAACAGCAUCUUGUU